UCUGGCCAUAGAAAUAACUGCCUGUUGGUCCUUGCUCAGCUCCCAGCGCAAGCUCUGGAGCUUCUCCUCAAUGCAAUAGAAAUUCCCUUGAAUUCCAGAGCCCAGGUCUCAGAUCUGUUGAAGUCUUUUUAGCUGCAAAAAUGGAAAUGGAUAACACACAUGCCAAAGGACAGCCGCCAUUCACGUUGAAGCAAUUUCACAUCUCCGAAGACUAUGGCUUCCUUCUCCCAAAUCCUUUGAAAGACCUUCCUCCUUUCUAUAACCCAUGGAUGGAGAUUGCUCAUCAGCUGCCAAACCUGAUUGAGAACCACCAGCUCCGCUCACGUGUGGACAAGAUGCCUUUGCUCAGCAGCCAGUAUCUCCAAGGCCACCGGGAACUCUUUCUGGCCCAUUUGGUCCUUAGCUUCAUCACAAUGGGCUACGUCUGGCAAGAAGGUGAAAAAGGGAUCGCCAAGAUCUUGCCACGAAACCUUGCCAUUCCUUUUGGGGAGGUCUCUCGAAUGUUAGAACUGCCUCCGAUCUUGGUUCAUACGGAUCUUGUUUUAGUAAACUGGAAGAAAAAGAAUCCUUAUGGGCCUCUGGAAAUUGAGAAUCUGGAGCCCAUCAUCUCUUUGCCUGGAGGAGAGACCACCAGGGGCUUCAUUCUUGUUACUUUCCUGGUUGAAAAAGCUGCUGCACCUGGAAUCAAGGCAGUUGCCCAGGCUGUCAAUGGUAUCCUUCAGUCUGAUAAUAGGAUGCUGGAAGAAGCGUUGCAGGAAAUGACAAAUACUCUCCAAGACAUGAUCAGUACCUUGAAGAAAAUGCAUGAUUAUGUGGAGCCUGCCGUCUUUUAUGGUGUGACACGGAUCUUUUUUUCUGGCUGGAAGGACAAUCCAGCCUUACCAGAAGGGCUGGUCUAUGAGGGGUUCUCCGAGAAGCCUCUUUCGUAUUCUGGGGGGAGCGCGGCAGAGAGCACCACCCUGCAUGCUUUUGAUGAACUCCUUGGAAUCCAGCAUUGUAAAGAAAGUGCUGCCUUUUUGUACAGAAUGAGGGAAUACAUGCCCCCUCACCAUCGGGCCUUCCUCAAAGAAAUCCAGUCUGCACCUCCGCUGAGACAUUACAUCUUGUCCUGCAGGAAUGAGGCACUCCAAACCGCAUAUAACAAGUGUGUGGCUACUCUCUCUGACUUGAGGACCUACCACAUCACCAUGGUCACCAAGUACAUUGUGAUAGCAGCUCACAAAGUCAAAGCCAAGAUGACGGAGUCCUCUCCAGCAUCCAUGAGGCCCCCGUCUUUCCUGGAAGGAAGAGGGACCGGCGGUUCAGGAGUUCUGAGCUUCUUAAAAAGCGUUCGGGACACAACCAGAGAAGCGAUGAUAACUUUCUAAAAGCUUCCCUGCUUUUUUUGCUUCUCAGGUGGAGAGUAAACACAUGAUUUACAGGACCAAAGCAAUUUAGUAUUUGGAUAGCAUAAUGUGGGGCAGAAGGGUUGUCUGGUGCUAGUAAAGACCUUUGCAAUAUCUUUAUUAAAAGAAAUCACUCUUCUCUA